GGCCAUCUUGGAUCAGUGGCGCUCCGCACAGAGCAGAGGACGGAGGACGUAAACGGAGGAGCCAGUUAGCUUGACGUUAGCCUCUCCGCGAGAUUAACCACGAUCUGUGUCUGCUGUCGUGGUGCGACGAUGCUUCAUAGCUGUUGUUCUCCGUUAAAUGCCACUUUGAGUGCAUGAACAAUGUGUAUAAACUGUGUUAAAGGCUUCACGUUAUAGCUCCGGAGAGGAGGAGGAGGGCGGCGGCGGCGGCGGUGCAGAUCCUCCGUAUAUUGUUUAAGAUUUCUGGAUAGAGGAGUUACUAUGAAUGGAGGAUAAAUGUUGCCAAAGGCUGACAGCAGCAGUUUCGUCCUCUUCUCUCUCCUCUUCGUCCUCACGUUAACGGACCCACCACGGACAGGUCCGCGGGUAGCUCUGGCAAGAUUAUUGUCAGAGCAGCGCUGCAGCCCUGGGCAGUUUGCCUGCCGCAGUGGGAAGAUGCAGUGUAUCCCGAUGUCCUGGCAGUGUGACGGCUGGACAGCAUGUGAGGACAAGAGUGACGAGAUGGACUGUCCCCCUAUAAAGGAGGAGCGGUUUCGUUUUGGUAACGGAUACGACCAGGUAGAAGACGUCAUUGGUGUGGCUCAGCCUGUGCGCUUCAACAGUAAGCACCUCACUUCACUCUCCCCUGAGAAAUGCCCCAGUGGAUGGCACCACUACGAGAAGACGGCCAGCUGUUACAAAGUGUACCUGAGGAACGAGAACUACUGGCAGGCCGUCGAUACUUGUCAGAAAGUCAAUGGCUCGCUGGCUACUUUCGUUACCAACGAGGAGCUGCAGUUCAUCCUGAAGAUCGAGGUGGAUUUUGAUGACAAAGUCUGUGAGCGCAGAGACCAGUGCAAGUUUUGGGUGGGCUACCAGUAUGUGAUCACCAAUCAGAACCACUCUCUGGAGGGCCGCUGGGAGGUCGCAUACAAAGGGUCCAUGCAGGUGUUUCUGCCACCUGAGGGUCUGACCAACUUUGGGGAGGCGUCUCCCACCCAGGACAAUGUCUUCUGUGCCCAGCUGCAGCGCUUUCAGAUCAAAAGCAUGAAUGAACGAGGCCUGCACAGCUGGCACGCUGAGAACUGCUACAAGAAGUUCCCAUUUCUCUGCAAGAGGAGGCAAACAUGCGUGGAUAUAAAAGACAACGUCGUAAACGAGGGCUACUACUUCACCCCCAAAGGUGACGACCCGUGUUUGAGCUGCACGUGUCAUGACGGCGAGCCUGAGAUGUGUGUGGCUGCGCUGUGUGAGCGUCCGCAGGGCUGCCAGCACUUUCGCAAGGAUCCCAAAGAGUGCUGCAAGUUCACCUGCCUUGACCCAGAUGGAAACAGUCUGUUCGACUCGAUGGCCAGUGGAAUGAGACUGAUCGUCAGCUGCAUCUCGUCCUUCCUCAUCCUCUCUCUGCUGCUCUUCAUGGUGCACAGACUCCGUCAGCGGAGACGUGAACGCAUCGAAACUCUGAUUGGAGGAAACUUGCACCACUUUAACCUUGGAAGACGAGUCCCCGGCUUCGACUACGGCCCUGAUGCCUUUGGCACCGGCCUCACUCCCCUGCAUCUGUCUGAUGAUGGAGAGGGAGGAGCUUUCCAUUUCCAGGAGCCUCCACCACCGUACGCAGCCUAUAAGUACCCCGACAUCCAGCAUCCUGACGACCCCCCUCCUCCGUAUGAAGCCUCCAUCAACCCAGACAGCCUCCUCUACGUGGACCUCGGACAUGGGGUUUCCCUGGUGCCGAGCCAGAUGAACACCAUGGUAGACGGGCUCCAGGCAGCUAUUCCCAACGCCUCUGGCCCCGCGACGGACUCGGCUCCGCCCCCUCAGGAGAGGGAGGACUCCAUAGAUAGCAGCACCCUCCUGGUGGGGCCAGACACCCCGACAGACGGCCACGCCCCUGCUCCCAUGCCCGCAGACUGCGCCUCCUCCCUCAGCACCGUCGUAUAGGACUGUGGACGGACGGCAGGGAGCUGCAUCCGCACAUAACCCCGAUGGUUGAGGAAGGUCAUGAGUGCGUUCUUCUCCGGGAGAGGACGCAGCAGACGGUGGUGUCAUGUAUCAAAACGCUGACUGCAGGGAGGAGAGAUAAAGUUUGUACAGACAUAACAGAAGAAGCCAUCUUUGAGGUGCAAGGAUGCCCUCUUUCUGAAGACUCUUCUGCAGUUGGCCUUUCCGAGUGUUGUUUUUUUUAAAACACUGGCAUCUGAGGGAGCAGAGAGGACUGUUUCUAUACAGAAGAGAAAAAAAAAAACACUACAUUGUGGCUGAAAAGGCUGCACUUUUUUCUUUAAGCAUCGACUGAGCAAAGCUUUUUGAAACAUCUCAGAGUUGGCCUGAUUGGUCGAGAGGCCCCAAUGUAAAUACCCCUUCAGGUCCGUUUCCCGUCAAAUUUGUUAUACUUGUGUGUCACAGUCCAGCACAAGAAUGACAGACGGACGGUGAAGUCAGCUAAUGUUUCUUGUGCGUUUUUGUUUGCAUCUUACUGUCCAAACGGACGUAUCUGUGUUUGAUCUGACGGUCCCCAGGCUACAAUAAUGUUCCCAUCGGCCCUGUUCUCGAUUUCUACUCGCUCAGAGAAUCUACUGUCCACUCCCUUUCUUAUUAGUCUGAUACAUGAAGCUGUCUUCCAGGUUUAUAGCGCGUAUUUGCAGCAAAAGUUUUGUAAUUCAGAGGUUUAACCUUGCAAGAGAGUACAGUUAGUUUCCUGCUAUAGCGGUUUUUAUUAGGUAAUGCUGACACAAGGCAUUGUGUAUCAAGGAAUGUUGUGGUACUGAUAAAUAUCUGAGUUUGUUAUUGUGUUCUUUUUGAUGACAAUUUAUGACUUCAGGCUGUAUUCUUGAUUGUUUUAUUGUGAGAUAGACGCAGCCUGAACUCCCUAGUGAUCAGCGAGCGCAAGCGACGAAGCUUUUUGAGUGUUGAUGUGAAGAUUAGGGAUGAUAUUCUGUCAUUAAAUUUGAGAAAAUCAAUUUAUUUAAGAUAGCUGUUCCAAUCAUGUAGUGGUUUAAUCAACAUCAACUCUUGGCAGCAUAGUUGUGUAUUCGCUAACUGAACCAUGUUUAGGGAUUCAAAGCUCAGUGUUUUGCACGCUCAUCCCUCGAUUUAAUCAGGGUUUGUUUUUUUUGGUUUGUUUUUUUUGUUGCAAAGAAAUUUGUUAAUUGUCACAUUUGGAUGCUGCCCCUCCAUUCCUGAUGUGUUUCUAUGUGUGGUUCUCCAUGCAAUACACCCAUUAUCUCAGUUUUUGAGGUUCAUUUCAGCUUCUGAUGAAGAUCUCUGACUGUAGCUGUGAGUCUAUUUCGGUGUUGAAGGGUCUGUUACCGUCCUUGUUUCUCAGUGGGAUUGCAGUAAAAAAAAAAAAAAUUGUAAUAAAAAGAAAAUUGUAUAUUUGGAACUUCUUAGACCCAUUUUAUGGCGACACACAAGGAUGAAUUUUGCAGAGCCAGAAGAAGUUAGAUCAGAAUCGAUCCACAACCACCAGCAUUCAAACCGCUAUUUUGAUCUGCUCGAGCACCAGCUGUAAAUGUGUGUCUGACUGACGGUCUGUGUAUCUCAUGUUUGAGUUUAAAACGUUUAUUUAUUUUUUUCCCCAUUUUUUCUUUUUUUGGGGGGGUAUUGACAAUCCAUAGCUAAUUAUCCCAGAAACAAAAUCGCAUCAAUUGUGAAAAAAUGGCAUCUACAUGUGCGCGUGUGUGUGUGUGUGUGUGUAUAGGAGAAGGUAUACAUUUUUAUUUUUCAUCUAAGUUGUUUGGUUCGAUUUUAUUUUAAUUUUUUUAACCUGCUUUUUGGGGCUACAGUGCAUGUUUUAAUUUGUUGGCAUGCUGAGAGAUUUUUCUUUUGAUGGAAACAUUUUUAGCUCAACAGUCUGUCCUGUACAGUAAACUCCUGCAUAUAGAUUAACUUCUCUGUAUGCAUCCAAAAACCUGCCCGUAUCCCAAAAACAGCUGCAUUUACGCUGUAGUUCCUGUGCUAGACUAUGGUGGUGUGAGAACUAAUUUUAUUGGGAUAUGAUUUGUUUUAUGUAUAAUACGACAAAUGCUACAUUUCAUUGUCUUUUAUUUCAUAGCCUUUAAAUAAAUAAAAAAAAGUGCUUCA